AUGCGACUCCCCAAGACAUUCUACAACACAAUCAGUCAUUCACCCAUCCACACGCUGGUGUCCCAGGGGUGUCUGUGGUUGGCCCUCUCCACUGUCGCUACAUGCUUUCUCAGUGGCCUAGUGGUAGAGUGUCGUGUUCACAGACUUCUGAGGAAGGGGAACUACGCUGAGCGCGUUGGUGCUGGAGCUCCCGUUUAUCUGGCUGCUGUUCUGGAGUAUCUCACUGCUGAGAUUCUGGAGCUGGCCGGAAACGCUGCUCGCGAUAACAAGAAGACCAGGAUCAUUCCCCGACACCUUCAACUGGCUGUCCGUAAUGACGAGGAGCUAAACAAACUGUUGGGCGGUGUGACGAUCGCUCAAGGCGGCGUGCUGCCCAACAUCCAGGCCGUUCUUCUGCCCAAAAAGACCGAGAAACCCGCCAAGACCAAGUAAAAGUCCUGCAAUA